GAAGAGGAAGACUCGUUCAGAGUGAAAGAGGAGGAGGAUGUUACAGUAAAAGAAGAGGAGGAUGCCGUUUUUGGAGUGAAGAAGGAAGGAGAGAUUACUGUCACAUUGAAAGAUGAAGAGGUGGAAAUCCGAGAUCUGAGUAACACCAGAGAGAGACCAGACUCUCACUAUGACAGCAGGAAGAGUCCUUCAGAGGAACCAGACCCAGAGACGCCCAAACCAGCGAGACAACACAACUGCUCCCACUGUGAAAGGAGUUUUAGCUGGUUAGGGAACCUAAAACGCCAUGAGAGGACACACACAGGAGAAAAGCCAUACCACUGCUUACAAUGUGAAAAGAGAUUUUCCGGAUUAGGGGACUUAAAAGCUCAUGAGAGGACACACACAGGAGAAAAGCCUUUCCACGCUGGGAACAUUGGAAAGAGUUUUAUUCAGUUAGGAAGCCUGAAGGAGCAUGAGGGGAUGCACACAGGAGAAAAGCGUCAUCACUGUUCCCAGUGUGGAAAGAGUUUUACUGUGUUAAAUAACCUGAAAAGGCAUGAGAGAAUACACAAAGGAGAAAAGCCAUUUCAAUGUUCCCAUUGUGGAAAGCGUUUUACUCAGAGCGGGCACCUACAAGAGCACGAGAGAAUACACACAGGAGAAAAGCCUUACCACUGCUCCCAGUGUAAAAAUAGAUUUUCACGAGUAGGGGACCUAAAAGCUCAUGAAAGUACACACACAGGAUUAAAGCCUUACCACUGCUUCUUAUGUGAAAAGAGAUUUUCCCGAUCAGGGGACCUAAAAGCUCACGAGAGGACACACACAGGAGAAAAGCCUUUUCAAUGUUCCCAGUGUGGAAAGAGUUUUACCCUGUUAGCUAAUCUGAAAAGGCAUGAGAGAAUACACACAGGAGAAAAUCCUUAUCACUGUUCCCACUGUGGAAUGAGUUUUAUUCAGUUAGCGAGCCUGAAGGCACAUGAGUGGACACACUCAGAAGAAAAGCCUUUCCAGUGUUCCCAGUGUGGAAAGAUUUUUACCCUGUUAGCUAACCUGAAAAGGCAUGAGAGAAUACACACAGGAGAAAAGCCUUACCACUGCUUCCAAUGUGAAAAGAGAUUUUCCCGAUCAGGGGACCUAAAAGCUCAUGAAUGGACACACACAGGACAAGAACCUUUCCAUUGCUUCCAGUGUAGAAAGCGUUUUACUGUGUUAGCUAACCUGAAAAGGCAUGAGAGAAUACACACAGGAGAAAAGCCUCAUCACUGUUCCCACUGUGGAAUGAGAUUUAUUCAGUCAAGGAGCCUGAAGGAGCAUGAGUGGACACACACAGGAGAAAAGCCUUUCCAAUGUUCCCAGUGUGGAAAGAGUUUUAUCGUGUUAAGUAACCUAAAAAGGCAUGAGAGAAUACACACAGGAGAAAAGCCAUUCCAAUGUUCACAUUGUGGAAACAGUUUUACUCAGAGAGGGCACCUAAAAGAGCAUGAGAGAAUACACACAGGAGAAAAGCCUUACCGCUGCUCCCAGUGUAAAAAUACAUUUUCCAGAGUAGGGGACCUAAAAGCUCACGAGAGGACACAUACAGGAGAAAAGCCUUUCCAAUGUUCCCAGUGUAGAAAGAGUUUUACCGUGUUAGCUACCCUGAAAAGGCAUGAGAGAAUACACACAGAAGAAAAGCGAGGCAUCGAAGAUGUGGAUGUCGAAUAAGGCAGCCCCCGCACCUCUCUGAUUUAGAGUGGUUGGGUUAAAUGCGGAAGACACGUUUCAGUUGAAUGCAUUCAUUUGUACAACUGACUAGGUGUCACCCAUUCCCUAUUAUAGAGCUCUGCUCAGCCUAUAAACAUGAAAGCAAGGUUAUAUUUAAUGUUCAACAUUAUUAUUAUUAGGGCAGCCGCCAAGUUAUGAAAAUUAUGGUAUGUUCUGAAAACUGACUUCAGGUUUUUGAGGAGUCUAGCCUCGCAGGAAGACAGUUUUAUUUUAUGGCGGUUUAAUUCCGUUCUCUCUUUAGUAUUUAACUAAAUAAAUACUCUGUCUUUGGUAGGAGAGGGACCAGACUUAUCACUGUUCCCACUGUGGAAUGAGUUUUAUUCAGUUAGGGAGCCUGAAGGACCAUGAGUGGACACACACAGGAGAAAAGCCUUACCACUGCUCACAGUGAAAAAAUGAUUUCACGAGUAGGGGACCUAAAAGCUCACGUGCGAGUACACACAGGAGAAAAGCCUUUCCAAUGUUCCCAGUGUGGAAAGAGUUUUACCUGGUUAAGGAGCCUGAAGGAGCAUAAGAGGACACACACAAUAAAAGUCCAACCACUGCUCUCUCUCUGUGUGGAAGGACAUUUUCCCAGUCAGCGAUCCUGAAAUCACAUGAGAAAGGCUGUAUUCCUACUUAUAUUUUUGACUGAGAAUUUGUGGUUUUGUUUUGUGCCACAUGAAAUCAUAUUGUUUAUGAUUAUACCCGUCUAUAUAAGGUCCGACAGUUGGCAAUGCACGUCAGAGCAAACUCCAAGCCAUGAGGUCGAAGAAAUAGAGGUCGAAGAAAUUGUCCGUAGAGCCCAGAGACAGGAUUGUGUCGAGGCACAGAUCUGGGGAAGGGUGCCAAAAAAGGUCUGCAGCAUUGAAGGUCUCCAGUGGCCGUCAUCAUUCUUAAAUGGAAGAAGUUUGGAACCACCAAGACUCUUCCUAAAGCUGGCCGCCCGGCCAAACUGAGCAAUCGGGGGAGAAGGACCUUGGUCAGGGAGGUGACCAAGAACCCGAUGUUCACUCUGACAGAGUUCCUCUGUGGAGAUGGAAGAACCUUCCAGAAGGACAACCAUCUCUGCAGCACUCCACCAAUCAGGCCUUUAUGGUAGAGUGGCCAGACAGAAGCCACUCCUCAGUAAAAGGCACAUGACAGCCCACUUGGAGUUUGCCAAAGGGCACCUAAUGACUCUCAGACCAUGAGAAACAAGAUUCUCUGGCCUGAUGAACUCUUUGGCCUGAAUGCCAAGCGUCUCUCCUGGCGUAAAGCAUGGUGGUGGCAUCAUCAUACUGUGGGGAUGUUUUUCAGCUGCAGGGACUGGGAGACUAGUCAGGAUCGAGGGAAAGAUGAACACACACAGAACACACACAGGAGAGCAAUCUUUUAGCUGUGAUCUACGUGGGAAGAGUUUUGGUACAUCUGACUAUCUGAAGACACACCAGAGAACAUACACAGGAGACAAACCUUCUAGCUGAGAUAGUCUGAUAAAAGAUCUCUGAUCAAACGUCAGAAAAUACAUACAUGAAGGAGUUGUUUCAUGGAAUCAAUUAAAUAAUGUAAAUGUAGAAUGUUUUUAACAUUGUGGUAGAAUUAUUUGAAUUAAUUUCACAAUGUAGAACCCUAAACGUUUGAUUUAACAAAACGUCCCUUUAAAAAGUUGUUACAUUUACCACGUUGGGGACCCACUUGAAUCAAAUGCAACACUCAAAUGUAGCUAGCUGUUUUCUACAAAUUUUCCUCUAACCAGUGAUGUACACAUUAUUCCCAGACUCCGUGUGGUUUUUGAGCUGUUUUUGCAACCAGGACUUGCAACCAUAUUUCCCUCCUCUCGACGAUUUAUUUCAGCAUGAUAUCGAUGAGUGAUGACAAAUAAGUGUUGCAUUCCUUUGUUUAGCGACCCCUACAGUUAAAUGCAUCACUCCAAAAUGUAGCUGACUGUCUUCUGCAGGUUGUCCUCUAACCAGUGAGGUAAAAGGUAUCUCCCAUUUCCAUGUGUUUUUUUUUUGUUGUGUUAGUUUCAACAACACAUACAACCUGAUUUCCCCCCUAAUCGAUAUCAGUGAUUUAUUGCUACUUGUCAAAACAACAUUUUUGGUGUUGUGCAGUUUAUUGUGCAGUUUAUAAGGUGCUUGUUUAAAAAAAAUACAAGUAAUAUGAUUAUUGUGGCAGAUGUUUGUGUAGAUAGUACAUUUUAUGUUUAGGAUUUCAAUUCAUCACAAACUGUUUCUGCAUUUGGACUAUUGAUUUGGACACGUUUAAACUGUGACAUUAAUUUCAACGUAUUUGCAGCCUAUACACAUGGACGCAGUAUAAUAAAUUGGUAUAUAAUCAGCC